AUGGACCCUCUGUGCAAUGGAGCCAAGCUGCCUGAAGGCAGUGAUCCUGUGGCGGAGCCCCGGCCUCCUCCUGCCAAGCUGGCCCGGCUGGAGCAAGGACCCUCGGCCCAGGAGAGGAGUAGGCAGGGGAGUCCAGGGGCCAAAGCCGCCGGCCUGGCCCUCAAACCCGCCACACUGAGGCCACAGGGCAAGAGCUGGCACAAGAGAGGGAGCCUGCUGCCAGUGUUCUGUGUGGUGGAGCACAGGGAGAGUCCGGUGGAGGGUGAGAGGAGGGAAGAGCACGCCGAGUUUGUGCUGGUCAGGAGAGACCUGCUGUUUAACCAGUUGAUAGAGAUGGCCCUGCUGACGCUGGGCUACUCACACAGCUCUGCUGCACAGGCCAAAGGUCUGAUCCAGGUGGGCAGGUGGAACCCCGUCCCUCUGUCCUGUGUAACAGAUGCUCCUGAUGCCACGGUGGCUGACAUGUUGCAGGACGUCCACCAUGUCAUCACCCUGAAGAUACAGCUGCAGAGCUGUCCCAAGCUGGAGGACCUGCCAGCUGAGCAGUGGAGCCACUCCACAGUGAGGAACGCUCUGAAGGAGCUCCUGAAGGACAUGAACCAGAGCUCCCUGGCCAAGGAGUGCCCUCUGUCCCAGAGUAUGAUCUCCUCUAUUGUAAACAGCACUUACUAUGCAAACGUCUCCGCCGCCAAGUGUCAUGAGUUUGGGCGAUGGUACAAGCACUUCAAGAAGACCAAAUGCUUCAACGAAAUGGACAGUUUCUCUGACCAGUCAGCUCACAUCACCGUUACCCAGCAGCCAAUCCCAGGUAGCACAGCAGAGCAGAGCUCCAGCCUUCUCUUCUCUCACGGAGGAGUAGCCAACAUUUGUGGCCGCCCGCCCCUCGGUCUCCGCCCGUCCGGGCUGGUAGCCGCACCCCUCAGCCCGCAGCUGGUCAGCCAACAGCUGGUGAUGGCCCAGUUUCUCAACCAGCAAUACGCUGUUAGCCGCAUGCUAGCUGGCCAGGGUCUCUCACCCUCCCCGCAGCAGUAUCUCAACCACCCACCUGUGGGGAGAGCGCCCCCUGUGGUGCAUUCCAAAGCCCCCGAUCACCAGGCCCCACAGCAGGCCCAGUGUGGCCCGGGAGGAGGCCCUGCAGCAGUGCCACAAAGCCAGACGUCAUCUGGGUCGUCCGGAGGGCCGUCGGACGUGUCCAGUGAUAUCUACCAGUGUGUGAGGGAGGAGCUUAAGAGAGCAGGCAUCUCCCAGGCCAUCUUCGCCCGUGUGGCCUUCAACAGGACCCAGGGCCUGCUCUCAGAGAUCCUGCGGAAGGAGGAGGACCCUAAACAUGCCUCCCAGUCCCUGCUGGUCAACCUGCGGGCCAUGCACAACUUCCUGCAGCUGCCCGAGGCCGAGAGGGAGCGAAUCUACCAGGAGGAGAAAGAGAGAAGCCUGACUGGAAUCACACCCAGCAGCAGCAACACACCACCACGGCCCACACAGGCGAGGCUGUCCCCAGUUACAGGAGACAGAGGCUUGAAGACAGACAGUUGUGUCCUCAACAUCACCGCCUCAAUCUAUGAGGAGAUUCAGCACGAGAUGAAGAGAGCCAAGGUGUCUCAGGCCAUGUUCGCUAAGGUGGCUGCCUCCAAGAGUCAGGGCUGGCUGUGUGAGCUGCUGCGUUGGAAGGAGGAUCCGAGUCCAGAGAACCGCACCCUCUGGGAGAACCUGUGUAUGAUCCGCCGCUUCCUCAGCCUGGCCCAGACCGAGCGGGACGCCAUCUACGAACAGGAGAGCAGCAACACCACGGCCCAGCAGCACUGCACUGACAGACUCACACUGCUCAGCAGUGAUAAUACACUGUACCAGCGGCGCUCUCCAUUGCCACAGCAACACCAACUCCAACCCCCGACCCCUCAGGCCCAUCAACCGUUGCAACCCGAGAUGGGACCUCACCUGUCUCCGCGGCAACCAUGCACAGCAUCGCCAGCUGAGGUUGAGGGUGGGGGCUGGGGGCACGUGAGAGUGCGGUUACGGGGCAGAGGCAGUAACACUGAGAGAGGAGAGAGUAAGGAUUGGGCUGAUGGGGGAAGGGGAGACUGGGGCAGUUUGGGCAGGGACUGGGGCAGCGCCGGCAGGGCAAGAGACGUGGAUAUCGAAAACAGUGAGCGGGUGAAGGACGAAGAUGUGGGUGAUAAAGUCACUGAUGCAGUUAAUGGAGAUGGCAGAGAGGGCUGGGAUAAGGAGAGGCAUUGUGCCAAGUGGUCUGGUGUCAAGGAUGAGGACCGAGGCAGGGUUGGGGUCUUCAUAGAGGCAGACAACGAGAUAGGAGGUGGGGACGAGGGGUUAAGAGUGUCCCGCGAAGCCCUGGGCAUCCUGCAGAGCUUCAUCCAGGACGUGGGUCUUAACCCGGACGAGGAGGCGGUCCACACCCUGUCAGCUCAGCUGGGCCUGCCCAAACACACCAUCCUCAGCUUCUUCCACAGCCAGGACCACCAGAGUCGGAAUGAGGGCCAGCAUCAGCACCAUAACCACAACCACAGUCACACCCAGGAGGACCAGUACGGCUGCUCCGACCCAGACCUGGCCCAGGCACCGAGAACUACUGAGCAACAGGAGGAGGUGAAUGUGACGGCAGGUGAUUCACAUCAAAACGCUGAGACACAGGACGAGGACGAGGAGGAGAGCGCAGCGCGGAAAAAUGAAGAAAGUGAGAUCACGAUUUUGAAAGAAUUGGACGUAGGCACUCAAACAAUUCCUAUCAUGAAGGAGGAGCAAGAAAACUUCAUCUAACCCAAAUACGUCCAGCGGCAUAACUUGGACGAGCCAUAUGUUCCCUGUCAGCUACUGAGAUGCUUCGCUUCUCUGAUAUGGCAUAACUCAAACUUGGUCUGCUUGCAGCCGCUACACACCAGUAAUGACUCGCACUGUUUUAGUAGUGGUCUGUCCCACUUGUGUGCACCAAAAGAUUAUGGAAAGCUGACUGAAUUAUAUCUCUUUGGCAUUGGAGGAUGCUCGCUGAAUUGUAAAACAGACACCUACAGUAUGAAAUAGCUCCAGCCAAUUGCUUCACUGUUUCAAAUGAAUAAACUAUAUCAAGCCGACUAUAUAGCAAUCCCGAUUAGAGAACUGUUUCGCGCUUUGAGGAUCUUUAAUGCACUUGGACAGAAGAUGUGAAAACUGUGGCUAUAUGAAACUCAUUACAUGCGGUUUCUGUGUAGAUAUGUAUGUGGAUCAAUGGGGCCCAAUACAGAUCCCCUCAGAUUACAAAUCAUUGUUUAUAGAGAGAAAUUUCCGUUGGUUGAAUAUCUGACUUUAGAGAAAUGUUCAUGCCAGA